AUGGCUCACCAACAGGAGGGCCACGCCGUCAGCAGCCGCAUGGACGAGACACCACAUGGCAGCCACGUGGACGAGGCACAGCGGAACGGCCACGCAGACGAGACACAGCGGAACGGCCACACAGACGAUACACAGCAAAACAGCCACAUACACGAGACGCACCAGGGCCAGGCGACGGGCGUCAUGGCCGACGCAGAGAAGCAGGACGAGCAGGGCUUUGCGCCGCAAAAGCCUCAGAAGAGCAGCACCAACGAGAGCCACAAGGGCCCCGAGGGCGGCUACGACGACACGCCCAUAGUGCGCAGAGAGCCCGGCUACACGGUCAAGUUCACCUUCCACCGCGCGAGCAACCUGCCGCUCGCCGACAUCAACACCCUCUCCGCCGACCCCUUCAUCCUCGCCGAGCUGACCACAGCCCUGCCCAACCGCCACAAGGAGGACCCGCCGCUGAUGCUGCGCACCCGCACCGUGCGCCAGAGCACCAACCCGGAGUGGAACCAGGAGUGGAUUGUCGCAAACGUGCCCUCGAGCGGCUUCCGCCUGAAAUGCCGCAUCUACGACGAGGACCCGGCCGACCACGACGACCGCCUGGGCAACGUCCACGUCGAGUCGGCCGCCGUCAACGAGAACUGGGGCGGCAUCCGCGAACAGGCCUUCCCUCUGCGCAAGCGCAUGGUCAGCAAGCGCGCCUUCGUUCUGCGCGCCGUCGCCGUGUGCAUCCGCAAGGCCGAGCACAUGAGCGGCACCCUGACCGUCAGCGUAGAGGUCCUGGGCCGCACCCAGGACGAGCACGGCGGCCGCGUCUACACCAUCGGCCCCCAGUUCUGGAUCCGCCACUUCUCCCCGCUGCUGGGCCGUCUGCUGGGCCAAAAGGAACCCGACGAGUCGGGCAGUGUCUCGCGGCGCACCGGCAAGACAAAGGCAGAGCGCUACAACUUCCAGUCCAACCAGCUGCAGCUGCGCGGCCCCGUCCCCGAGCACAUGUACCACCGCUAUGUCGUCUUCAAGCCCUUUAUCAAGAGCAUGUUCACCGCAAAGGGCGUCCGCGGCUUCAUCCUGUCCAAGGCCCUCCACCACCAGCACGCGCGCGUCUACAACUUCGACCAGGCCACCGAGUACAAGGAGUUCUCCGAGCCCUGCAUAGCCUUUACGCAAAAGUUCCUCGACCUCGUCCACUACGACCAGGGCGGCCGCAUCUUCACCUACGUCCUCACCCUUGAUGCCCUCUUCCGCUUCACCGAAACCGGCAAGGAAUUCGGCAUCGACAUGCUGUCCAAACACACCAUGCACAGCGACGUAGCAGCCUACAUCGCCUUCUCGGGCGAGUUCUUCAUUCGGCGCCUCAAACACCCGCAUAAAUCCCCCGAAGAUACGUCCCAACAAUCCCACCCCCCGCAAGAUCUGGACGACGGCCCGCCCAAGACCGAGCCCAAGACCGACCCCGCAUACUACGAACUCAUCAUCGACAACGACAGCGGCACCUACCGGCCCAAUGCCAAGCUUCUGCCCCAGCUCAAGAAGUUCUUCGAAGCCAACUUCCCCGGCCUGCACGUCCGCACGCUCGACUGCCAGGGCGACGCCGAGAAGAUGGAGCACAUGAAGAACGAGCAGCGUGAAAGGAAGAAGAAGGAAGGCGACCACGUCGUCUACACGCAAGCCAGUCGCAGCAGCAGCGUCAGCAGCUCCGACAUCAGCGACCUGGACCACCUCGAGCAGGCGGGCGAGCGCGAGGAAUCCCAUCUGCGCCACCAGGUGCAGGGCGUGGCCGGCGCCAAGGCCGGCGCCAUUAAACACCACAUGGCCGACUUCACGCCCAGCAACAACCACGAAGGUUGGAGGGGGAAGCAUCACCCCGCCAACGCGGACAACGAGGACGUCGCGCGCCAGAGAGAAGAAGCCAGGCAGAGCAAGGUGCAGCGCAAUGAAGCGAGUAAUACGGCCGAAGUGCAAGCCGGCCAGCCAUGA